AGGAGCGCGGCAUUACGCAGAGCAUGUAGCCGAAACUACAUCAGACUGUGGAGCUGAAGUUUUUUUUUGGCUUCUUCGAGAGAAACAUUUACGACAUUUAGAUCCGAUCUUCGACUCUCAGCGGGCUCGGAGCUAAAUGACAAGGAGGCAGAGACACAGAACCACUCAGUGAUUCGCGGGGCACGAUGGAGAGCAAGGGAUUACUUCGCUGUAAGAUCGUGGUGGUCGGCGAUACGCAGUGUGGCAAGACUGCUCUCCUCCACGUCUUUGCCAAAGACUCGUACCCAGAGAACUAUGUUCCCACGGUGUUUGAGAAUUAUACAGCCAGCUUCGAGAUCGACAAGCAGAGGAUCGAGCUCAACAUGUGGGACACUUCGGGUUCAGCCUACUACGACAAUGUGCGGCCAUUAGCUUAUCCUGACUCAGAUGCUGUACUCAUCUGCUUUGACAUCAGCCGUCCGGAGACACUGGACAGUGUCCUGAAAAAGUGGCAGGGUGAGACGCAGGAGUUCUGUCCCAGUGCCAAAGUGGUGCUGGUCGGCUGCAAGUUGGACAUGAGGACGGACCUCAAUGUCCUGAGAGAGCUUUCCAAACACAGGCUCAUUCCUGUCACCCACGAGCAGGGCACAAAUUUGGCGAGGCAGAUCGGUGCCGUCGCCUACACAGAGUGCACCUCAAAGUAUUCAGAGAACAGCGUCCGUGAUGUUUUCCACGUCACCACGCUGGCAUCUGUGUCCCGCAUCCACCGGCCUCAGCUCAAACGUGCUGGCUCACGUCGUGGUCUCAAGCGGGUUUCCCAGCAGCCGCCACGGACUGAGAUCCAUGAGCACCCACCUCCCAUUAGAAAGGACCGGGCCAAAAGCUGCGUGCUCAUGUAGGACCAGAGUCUACCAGCGACCUGACCUGUGUGUGCUGAUGGACAUGAACCAUACCGCACAUGAACUUAAUUUAUUGGUGAAUUCUUGUCAAAUCUUUGCACUGCAUAAAGGACAAUGUGAUGAAAACAAGAAUGAAUGCUAUCCUGUGGAGUUCUUUAAGGAAUUGUUUGUCAAUCUUUAGCAAAACUCUCCUUGUUAUUUUUCUCUGUGGCUGUGCUCUCAUCGGGGGGGACUGUAGUGGCAAAAGCUAUUUUUCUUUAAUGCUUUUACUUGAACAAGUGGACAAAAAUGGGCAUGGACCCAAACAGGCUGGUUAGCAAAUGAAACGCAAGGACAGAAAAAAAAAAGUGUGCGUGGAAAUUAAAGAAAAAAAAAACUCUGAAAGAUCACUUUGCAGGAACCAGCAGUAACAGUGCUGGUCUUGACCUCUUUUAUGCCGUUUCCUGUUUUGAAAUGCUAUUCUCUCUUUAAGUGUUUAAGUAUAUGAAGCACAAUACAAUGCACGCAAAAUAUUCUGAGCUACCCGUAAACGUCAGGGAAUGAACUCUGCUGUUCCACUUCAUAUGACAAGUUGAAAAGAAAAUCUGGUCAGACAAAAU